GAAUAUGUUUCCUUCGUUGAAUUGGUCAAAGCUGCUUGCGUUUAAAAAGCUCCAGAAACAUCUCUUUUCUUUUUACAAAUUUUCUCCGUUGUGGUUGAAACUUUUACAUCUAGGAAGGAAAAAGAUAAGAGAUAUGUCUCAGACUGUGGUUCUAAAGGUGGCUAUGCCAUGUGAGGGAUGCGUGGGAGCUGUGAAAAGAGUCCUAGGCAAAAUGCAAGGUGUGGAGUCAUUUGAUGUGGACCUGAAAGAGCAGAAGGUAACGGUGAAAGGCAACGUGGAGCCAGAGGCUGUUCUGCAGACAGUCUCAAAGACAGGAAAGAAAACAAGUUUCUGGGGAGCUGACGAGGCUGAAACCGCCAAGGCCUAAAGAAAUGUAAGAAGCAAUAAAAGCAUCCCCAUGUGUAUAAUAUAACUCUGUAAUCAAUAAAUCUAAAUCUCUGAACAACCCUUUGUUCUUAAAAUACACAUUGUUUGGUCUUGUAAUAAUCCCUUUUUCCCCUC